AUGUACCACCUUCGCCUCAACAUUACCGCCGCGAACAACUAUUUGCCUUACCAGGAGUUUGAAAGCAUUCAGAUGUUAGAUGAGCUCCUGGACCGGCCGAAGGACUUUUGGACCAUAAUAAAAAGGUACACAACUAGUAUCGGAGCAACCGUCAUUUUCGCCAAACGACAUACAGACCUCGAGGAUCCAUCGGUCAAAGAACUCUACGCUUGGCUCGAGAGAUUUUCGGCAUUGAUGGAGAAAACAUCCUUUGCUGACUGGUACCCCAUUCUGAAACCACUCUACCUUCGUGCUCCGUCCUGGAUCAGCGGAUUUUUAAAGGAAGCUGCGGAACUGAAAGACAUGGAAACAAAUCUAUGGAUGAAGCUAAUUGGUGAAGCUCAAGAGAUGCUGGAGCAAGACAAAAUGCGUCCGAGUAGGUAUCUUGACUUGGGAUUAUGUCUGCAACUAACUCUUAGCGAGGCUUUGCAAGAAAUCUCCUCUUGA